ACAGAUAUCUUUGUUGCCCGGUUGCGCCCAUGAAAAAAUCUCUGCGAAUUUGAAGAAAGGGGUUUCUCCUUCAAGAUAAACCCUAAUCCGUUCCUUUCAAUUCGCUCGAGCUGAGCAGGUGAGUUAAUCUUUAUUGUUCUUCUUUAUUUCUUGUCUCAUAGAAUCAAUUGAUAGCUCCAGUUUAUGGAUUCCAUGGUACUUUUUUAUUCGCCCAAAGCUUCGUUAUCCAUGUCCAUACCUUUCGUUCUUCCGCAUAGAGCUUAUUUCUUUGAGAAUCCUUCUUCUUCUGUUAAAUCGGAAUUUUGGGGUAAGAACUUGGAUUUGCGGCACAGAAAUGAUGGUUUUUCCGGUAGUGAUUUAAGAAAAUCUCGUGUUCCUUUUCAACCGAUUACAGCUAUUGUGAAACGGAGGAAAGAGCUUCCGUUCGAUAAUGUUAUACAGAGGGAUAAGAAGCUGAAGUUAGUUAUGAGGAUUAGGAAGAUUUUAGUUCAACAUCCUGAUAGAGUUAUGUCGCUUAAGGAAUUAGGUAAAUUCAGGAGAGAUUUGGGUCUGGAGAAAAAGAGGAGGCUAAUUGCUUUGUUGAAGAAGUUCCCUGCAGUGUUUGAGGUCGUGGAAGAAGGGGCAUUUUCGUUGAAAGUCAAGUUAACGGCAGAGGCCGAAAGUUUAUAUUUGGAGGAGUUGAAGAUCAGGAAUGAGAUGGAAGGCUUGUUGGUUAUGAAGCUGAGGAAGCUACUGAUGAUGUCGGUUGAUAAACGAAUAUUGUUGGAGAAGAUUGCUCAUUUGAGGACUGAUUUCGGUCUUCCUUUAGAGUUUCGUGAAACGAUUUGUCACGGUUAUCCUCAGUACUUUAGAGUUGUAGCAACGGGGCGUGGUCCAGCCCUCGAAUUGACUCACUGGGAUCCUGAACUUGCAGUUUCUGCAUCAGAGUUGGCAGAAGAGGAAAACCGAGCUAUAGAGUUGGAAGAGAAGAAUUUGAUUAUUGACCGACCGCUGAAGUUUAAUCGUGUGAGGCUACCCAAGGGUCUUAACGUCUCAAAGAGUGAAAUGAGGAGAAUUUGUCAGUUUAGGGACAUUCCUUACAUCUCUCCCUAUUCUGAUUUCUCGGGGCUUAAGGCAGGUACGCCCGAGAAAGAGAAACACGCUUGCGGGGUUGUUCAUGAGAUUUUAAGCCUCACACUUGAGAAGAGAACUCUAGUGGAUCAUCUCACUCAUUUUCGAGAAGAGUUUAGAUUCUCGCAGCAGUUGAGGGGGAUGUUAAUAAGGCAUCCCGAUAUGUUUUACGUCUCACUGAAAGGGGAUAGAGAUUCGGUCUUCCUCAGAGAAGCAUAUCGUAAUUCUCAGUUGAUCGACAAAGAUCGGUUACUAAUCAUAAAGGAGAAACUCCGAGCUCUUGUUGCUGUUCCUCGAAUCCGAGGCAGAGGAGCACUCAAAAACGACACAGAUGGGGGAGAUGAUCAGCCAGAUUAUAUGAGUGGUGAAGAGUCAUCUGAUAUCGAUAACCUUUUGGACGAUGGUGAUGAAUUUGACGACAAUGAGGAUGGAGCUUUUGAGGAUAAUUGGAGUGAUGAAGAAGAUGAUACCCCACCAAGUUUCAAUGUAGAUCGAGAUGGCGAAUCCAUAAAUAUUGAAGCAAGGAAGCAAAGCCAGGUCGAUAACUCGCAAAAGCUCGAUCAGAGUCUUCUUUCUCCCGUAUUACCUGAUGGACGGCCCCGAGAAAGAUGGUGAGAGGUAUAAACUUGUCUAUUUUGUAGUACACUCCUAGAAAUCUUUAGUGACUGGAUUCAUGAAUGUGCUCUGCUGUGUAGUAACUAUGGUUUCUGUUCAAAAAUAGCAAUGAAAGCUUUUCUCAAA